AUGCAACCUAAACUCGACUCUUAUCUGCUUUUUUUUUUUUCCAGGUGUCAAAUUGCUGUGUCAUCGGAGGGAGGCAAGAGCAUUUCCAUAGAUGAGAAGAACCUGAUUAAUGCUCAGCGGGAGAAGCGUCCAGCUCCUCCGCCUCCAGGAAGGAAUAUAGUUGAGAGUCGGAGGGAGCAGGAUGUAGCUUUGCAGCAUCUGGCACAAAAUAACAAGCAGAGUAAUGACAAAGAUGUCAAGACUGCCAGUGUUCUCCCUCAGCGUUCGGUACAAUUGAUCGCUCCUCUGAGUCAGUCUCGCACGGACGCAAAGACCACUCAGAACUUAAUACAAAGUAGCCCCACCAAAGGAACUGAAAGUGCUGGUAAACACGGUAAGCGCCUUGCACCGUCUCGACCUCGUUCUGCAGAGGAAGAGUCAUCGACUGAAUCCAAAAGAGUCUCGUCUUCUCGUGGCAACAUUUCCCAGGGAGGUGGCUCACAGACAAAACGAGUGCCUGUCGCCUGUGGCUUGAAUCCAUUUGAAGAUGAUGACGAUGAGGUCACACUUCGAGAUGAUACACCAACCCCUGGUGACACAAGAUCAACACAGCGGCCCCCACCUGUGUCCCGCGCUACUGAUGAAUCCAAAGUGAAAUCUUCAAAAGUGACCCAUGCUCCUCCCCCUCCGCCGACCAUUUCAAGCACUUUAAUUCAUCCAAACACUGACAGUUGCCAUGCUAUGGAUACUACAGUUGUGCCUGCACCCGAUAAAGGUGCAAACCAAGCAUGUGGCCCACAGCCAGAGGCCACACUCUCCGUUCAGAACACUUCACUGAAAGAGCCUUCUAGAUCACAGAGCACUGCAGAGGUAACGGGAGUGAAGAAGGAAGCCCCUCCUACAAGUUCACGCAGGCUUCUACCUGUAAGGCCACUUAAUCCUCUGGAACAAAAGUCUGUCUCCACCGCUCCAGGGGGUAAAAGUCACGAAUCCGUUGGAAUCUUUAGUGAUGUUCAAGAGAAAACAAAGAUAACGGCAGAUUCGGGGCUUAAAGGGCCAUAUUCCCAGCUAACUCGAGAGGAACUUGUGUCCCUGCUGCAGAAACAGGAGAACCAGAUGUCUGAGAGAGACAAAAAGAUAUCAGAGCUGGAACAAUACAUUGACAAAUUGCUUGUACGUGUCAUAGAAGAACAACCAAGCAUCCUGAUGUCCAUGAACUCACUGAAGUAGGCUGUCUAUGCUGAUUCACAGCUCACACUUCUAUUUCUGCUCCACCCAGUUAGUGAAUAAUUGAAUAAUCACAGUUCCAAAAUUAGAACUUCACUGUAAAGCACUUGAGAUGUUUUGAAAGAUGUUGAUGAUUUUGAAAUGUUUCUAUGUGCUUGACUGACUUUGAAACUAAUGAAUUGUUUUUUAAUAAUUUUCAUGUUGAGCACAAAAUGAUGUGUAAAAAUAAUCACUGAUAUGUUGGCUUGCUGUUUUUGUGUAAAGAGCCUUACUUUGCUGUAAAAUAAUCUUACUGCUCUUGUACUACUAAAGGUUUACAUGAUGCUAACCUAAAAAGCACUUUUAAAAAGCCUAUAAAAUGGUGUAUUCUGAAUUGGUCUUCUGCACUGAGGUUACUGCUAUAUGGAAUUAAAUAUGCAAAAUUAAAUAAAA